AUGACAGAAUCUUUCGGUUCAUCGCCCACAAAUAAUUCUCUGAGCACGUCUUCCAAUUCGUCUGCAUCAUCCUUGUCUCAUUCCCGACAGACGCCUAUUAGCAGCAGCUUCUCUACGCUUUCCCCAGGGUCGAUCUAUGCACCAAUAAAUAGUACUUUAUCUCCCGGUGGCAUGACGCAGACACAGUCAGCGACGUCUACUGCGUCUUCCACUCCAACGGAAAGGAACGGACCCUGGGCGGUACGGCAUACACAAGUAGCUCCACAGCCGCCACCAACUGCGCAACCGCCAACAUCACAAGUAUAUCACCCGCUGUCGACUGGCCGUCCACCCCGUUCUGGACCUCCGUCUACGUCUUACGUGUCAGGGCCUUUUUUGCCGAAUUCCGGUCCACAACCUAGCCUUAGUGAGAAACCGUUGAUAACUGUUCCCGUACCGCAUCCUCCGCGCGUCUACGAGUAUGAUUUUCAAGCUAGUCGAUGGAAGACAAUAUGCGUAAAAGUGCUGCCAUUAUUUAAUGGAGAAGGUUUAAAAAUGCCCAUCGAGGAUCUGAACGAAUUGGUCAGAUUAUACUUGGGUGAACGUUCUCCAGAAACGCUAUGCGAAGAUAUCCGUGACCCGCUAUCGUGUGGUAUGGCUACUUUGAAUAGUAGACUCAGUGGAGUACCUGAUGAGAAAUUAGUAUCACGACUUGUAGAGGUAUGGUCAUUCUAUUUUGGAACAGUCGUUCCAUAUUUUGAAGUGGUCUUUCUUCCAUUGACCAUUUUGACUUCUGGAAGUGAUGAAUUCAGCGUGCGACGAUUAGUGUUGAUGGCAUUCAGAGACGAUGUUAUCCUGCCGAUGGGAAACAGAGUCGAGGACGCCUUCAACAAACUUUUUCAUGACUUUGACUCUGGAAUUCCCGUGACUGACACUGCAGCUCGCAUGCUGCAGAUGACUUAUAUUCUCUCGUCCAUUCUGUCCGACGACGAGAAGCAGUGGGAAAUGGAUAGAAUAUUGGCGGCGUUGAAGAAUAACUGGAAACUAUUUAUGAAAAAAAGAGAUCGCAGGGGUUUUAUUGGUGUCUCUCCAUCCAUUGCUAGAACUGAUAAUACAACCGAAUCUUCUCCAGCGGAGAGUGUUAAUGUACCAACACCGACGUUCCCGACCGAUACAGCUAUACCAGAUGUGAUGGUUGGAGGAGCUACAACUACCGAAAGUCCUACACCGUAA